GUGCGUGGGGGCCGGCCUCGCGGGGUCACGUGGGCCGGGGGUCCCGUCCGGGCGGACGCAGGCUCAGGAACCCUCCACCCACAUCCUACCCUCCGUCCUUUUUUUUUUUUUUUUUUUGCCUGCAGACAGAUGACCAAGUGGACUCUCAUCAAGGAUUUCUCUGAAAUGUCCUUCUGAGAAGAGGAUGUCUAAGUAACACCUGCCUCCCUACCAAAGAGAGCAUCAUUCGGAUCUCUGCAGUCCAAGGCCAAAAGCAAGAAACAUAAUUGCUCGGAUUGUUUGAGUACAGUUCUUGAAAUCAAAUAUGGAAAAUGAACCAGGCCAGGAGAAUUCAGAACAGAACCCAUGCGGCAGCACUGCAGAGGAAGAAUUGAACAAGUCUUUCAAUUUAGAAGCUUCUCUUUCAAAGUUCUCUUGCAUAGAUCUGGAUAAGGAGCUGGAGUUCAAAAAUGAUCUGAUUGAUGAUAAAGAGUUUGAUAUUCCUCAAGUGGAUACCCCUCCAACUCUGGAGAGCAUACUCAAUGAGACUGACGAUGAAGACGAGUCUUUUGUUCUUGAGGACCCUACAUUGUUAAACGUUGAUACCAUUGAUUCUCACUCUUAUGAUACCUCAUCAGUGGCAAGCUCAGACAGCGGCGACAGGGCCAACUUAAAGAGGAAGAAGAAGCUACCUGACUCUUUCUCACUGCACGGGUCGGUCAUGCGGCAUUCUCUUCUGAAGGGGAUAUCUGCACAGAUCGUGUCUGCAGCGGACAAAGUAGAUGCUGGCUUGCCUACAGCAAUCGCAGUGUCCAGCCUGAUAGCAGUGGGAACAUCUCACGGAUUGGCUUUGAUAUUUGAUCAGAACCAAGCGCUGCGGCUCUGCCUGGGUAGCACUAGUGUCGGAGGGCAGUAUGGCGCUGUCUCUGCUCUCAGCAUCAACAACGACUGCUCACGUCUUCUUUGCGGCUUUGCUAAAGGACAGAUCACCAUGUGGGAUUUGGCCAGUGGAAAGCUUCUCAGAUCAAUAACAGAUGCUCAUCCCCCGGGGACAGCGAUCUUGCACAUCAAGUUCACAGAUGACCCAACUCUUGCCAUUUGCAACGACAGCGGAGGCUCUGUUUUCGAACUAACAUUUAAGAGAGUGAUGGGGGUGAGAACAUGUGAAUCUAGGUGUCUGUUCAGUGGCUCCAAGGGUGAAGUUUGCUGCAUUGAGCCCCUGCAUUCCAAGCCCGAGCUGAAAGACCAUCCCAUCACACAAUUUUCACUACUGGCCAUGGCGUCCUUAACAAAGAUAUUGGUCAUUGGGUUGAAACCAUCCCUGAAAGUAUGGAUGACUUUUCCCUAUGGACGGAUGGACCCUUCCAGUGUUCCGCUGCUUGCCUGGCACUUCGUGGCGGUGAAUAACUGUGUGAAUCCCAUGCUUGCCUUCUGUAGAGGAGAUAUGGUUCACUUUCUCCUGGUUAAGAGAGACGAGUCAGGUGCAAUCCACGUUACCAAGCAAAAGCACCUUCACCUCUACUACGAUCUGAUCAACUUUACGUGGAUAAACUCACGCACAGUUGUGCUUUUAGACAGUGUGGAGAAGCUGCAUGUGAUUGAUCGGCAGACGCAGGAGGAAUUGGAGACAAUGGAGAUCUCAGAAGUCCAGCUGGUCUACAACAGCAGCCACUUCAAGUCACUGGCCACCGGAGGAAACGUUAGCCAGGCAUUGGCUUUGGUUGGAGAGAAGGCUUGUUAUCAAUCCAUCAGUAGCUAUGGUGGUCAGAUCUUCUAUCUGGGGACAAAGUCUGUUUACGUGAUGAUGCUCAGGAGCUGGAGGGAGAGAAUGGAUCAUCUCCUGAAGCAGGAUUGUGUCACGGAAGCCUUGGCUCUUGCGUGGUCUUUUCAUGAAGGAAAAGCAAAAGCAGUGGUGGGGCUCUCGGGGGAUGUCAGUAAGAGGAAGGCUGUUGUUGCAGAUCGGAUGGUAGAAAUCCUCUUCCACUAUGCAGACCGGGCUCUGAAAAAGUGCCCAGACCAGGGAAAAAUCCAAGUGAUGGAGCAGCACUUUCAGGACACCGUCCCAGUCAUAGUGGACUACUGCCUUCUGCUCCAGCGAAAAACAGUGGAUGACCCAAUUUAUGGAAAAGGAAAACUUGGAGAAAUCCAGGGCCUUAUUCUGGGGAUGCUGGACACCUUUAAUUACGAGCAGACCUUGCUAGAAACAACAACCAACCUUCUGAACCAAGAUCUCCAUUGGUCACUGUGUAACCUGAGAGCUUCGGUCUCCAGAGGGCUCAAUCCCAAACAGGAUUACUGUUCCAUAUGUUUACAGCAGUACAAAAGACGCCAGGAAAUGGCCGAUGAAAUUAUCGUCUUUAGCUGUGGCCAUUUGUAUCAUUCGUUCUGUCUACAAAGCAAGGAAUGCACCCUAGAAAUUGAGGGUCAAACAAGAUGGACAUGUUACAAGUGCAGCUCAAGUAACAAAGCUGGCAAACUCAGUGAGAAUCCUUCUGAAAGCAAGAAGGGGCGGAUAACCUCAUCCCAGGUAAAAAUUUCUCCAUCAUAUCAUCAGUCCAGAGGAGAUCCUCCUGCCAGGAAGGCAAACUCAGAACCCGUUCUGGACCCACAGCAGAUCCAAGCCUUUGACCAGCUCUGCCGGCUCUACAGAGGAAGUUCUCGGCUGGCUCUCCUCAUGGAACUCUCCCAGAACCGUGGGGACAGCUACAGGCCAUUUGCUGGCUCCCAGAGCAGCUCUGCUUUCAACAGCAUCUUCCAGAAUGAGAACUUCCAGCUGCAGCUCGCGCCCCCGCCUGUGGCUGAAGACUGAGGCCUCCCUGGAAGAGCCCAGUGCUGUGGAAGGCAGGAGAGGACCCUGAACAGACUCAGCCUCUGCCUCCCACACUCCUGCACAGAGACCCAAGGAGGGCUCUCCAGCCCACCCCGCCACCCUCCCGUCUCAGUGUAGUGUCCCUGCUGCAGCGUCAGUCCAGCAGACAGGCCGGUUUCAUUUUGCUCGGAAUAUUACCUUUGUCCUGCCCAGCCCUUUAGAAAAUAGCAGUUACCCAGUGGCAUUCGGUGUAAGUAACAUGGGGUGGGGCGCACGGCAGCUGUGGAGAGCAAAGUGUGGCCUGGAGAGAGCAGCAGCCUGGGAAGCAGGCAUCCCUGUUGAUAUGUUCAUGUAAAGCUCAUCCGAGCAGGAGGCCUGCCCUGCAAAACAAUAAAUGUCUCCGUGUUUGA